AGUCCGGUCGGUAUUUUUGCAAACCUAUCGAUUCGGUGCCUGAUAACAUUGUCUAAAUUGUUUAUACAGUUUAAUAAGAAUGCAAUGUGGCGAUUGCAAUCGCUGAUAAGCAUUGGCAAGCAGUCUAGUUCUCACAAAGCAUCGUCACGAUGAUGACGGCAACAAAGAAGCGCCUUAAAAUAGUGGCCGCAACAUCGUUCUCCCUGCUGUUGGUCGUCUACUUGUACAGAGCGAUCAGUGGUGCCGCCUCCACCGUGGGAAUGCCUGCUGGUGGGGUGGCGGUGGGACUGGGACGGCUGUCCAGACCCAUUGAGGAGGAGCAGCAGGGCCAGUGGCCACCCACGGAAGAUGCUGUGCAGAGGAGCCUGCAGAAUGCCUACGAAGCCCACAGUUCCCUUAUCACAGAGCAGCGGGCGGAGCUGCAGCGCACCAAAGAGCAAUUGGCCCAGUUAGAGGAACAAAUCCGUUCGCUCCAGGCCAGCACGCCCCGCAAAUAUCCCAAAGUCAAAUACCUAAACUACAAGAACCGCAAGAGAAUUCUCAUCACCGGAGGAGCCGGCUUUGUGGGCUCCCAUCUCGUCGAUGAUCUGAUGAUCCAGGGACACGAAGUGAUUGUGGUGGACAACUUCUUCACCGGCCGCAAGCGAAAUGUGGCCCACUGGCUGGGACACGAGAACUUUGAGCUCAUCCACCAUGACAUUGUCAAUCCGCUGUUCAUUGAGAUUGACGAGAUCUACCACCUGGCCUCGCCGGCCUCCCCACCGCACUACAUGUACAAUCCGGUGAAGACAAUCAAGACAAACACCAUGGGCACCAUCAACGUACUGGGUCUGGCCAAGCGGGUGAUGGCCAAGGUUCUGAUUGCCAGCACCUCGGAAGUGUACGGCGAUCCGACAGUUCAUCCGCAGCCGGAGACCUACUGGGGCCAUGUGAAUCCAAUUGGACCACGCGCCUGCUAUGACGAGGGCAAGCGUGUCUCCGAGACCCUGAGCUAUGCGUACGCCAAACAGGAAAAAGUGCAAGUUCGGGUGGCGCGCAUCUUCAAUACGUACGGACCGAGGAUGCACAUGAACGAUGGCCGUGUGGUGUCCAAUUUCAUCCUGCAGGCUCUGCGCAACGAGACCAUCACCGUCUAUGGCAAUGGCCGGCAGACGCGCUCCUUCCAGUACGUUUCGGAUCUGGUUGAUGGGAUGAUUGCCCUGAUGGCAUCCAACUACACGCAGCCGGUGAACCUGGGCAAUCCCGUGGAGCAGAGCAUCGAAGAGUUUGCCCAAAUCAUCAAGCAAUUGGUGGGCGGACCGAGUGUGAUCAAGCAGACGAAAGCCGUCGAGGAUGAUCCCCAACGACGCAAGCCGGACAUAACACGGGCCCGCCACUAUCUGAAGUGGGAGCCAAAGGUUCCGCUCGAAAAGGGUCUGCGGCAGACCAUCUCCUAUUUUCGCAACGAACUGGCGCGCAGCGAUCGGUUCCAGGAGAGCUCCAACAAGUACUUUGAUUCGCCCGACUUGCACCGAAGUCGGCCCUAAAUAUAUAUACUAGAUCUGUA